AUGGCGAUCCCAAGCAAAGAAUACCACCCCGAGAGUCACAACGACAAUAAGGCUCAGUCCCAGUCUGAAUCAAGACUACCGGCAGAUGUCCGAGUCAAGCCCGAGAAGCGCACGGUCGCCCACCGACAUCCGUACCUGAGCGGAAAUUUCUACCCAGUCUUUGAAGAGACGGUGGGCGAGGAUGGGAUUGAGUGUGAGGUCGUUGGUGUCAUUCCAGAGUCCCUUCGAGGAUCUCAAUAUAUCCGUACGGGGCCUAAUUCGCUUCGGAUACCUGAUGAGACGGCAGCGCAUCAUUUUUUUGAUGGCGAAGGUAUGCUUCACGGCGUCUACUUUCCACCAAGUGCCGAAGGAGAAGACGAGACAGGUCACAUCCGCGCCCGGUACAUGAACCGCUAUGUCCGCAGCGACUCGUUCCAUAAGGCCAACAAACACGGCGAUGUCAUGCUCUCAGUCGGCCUGAUGAUGAACGGUGGCCGGGGUCUAAUCAAGAUCCUCAAGCAAGCCGCCGUUUCGAUCUUUCGCUCAGUGGUCUUCAGGGUCACCAACAUUGGGAAUGGAAACACUGCACUGGCGUUUAUCGGACACCGACUCUUGGCCCUUCAUGAGGCGGGUGUACCCAUUGAGACGGCCGUACCCUCCUUGGCGACAGUAGGCGAGUUUUACUUUGAGAAGGAGGGUCAGAAGCGUGGCAAGAAUCUUCUUCCCAACCAGGAAGCUUGUACCGCCCAUCCAAAGCACGACCCAAACACAGGCGAGACCGUCUUCUUUUCGUGGAGGCUACUGCCACCGUUUGCCUAUUAUUCUGUGAUUGCUGCCGACGGUUCAAGGGCGAUCUGGGAGGAACCUAUUCCGGGAUUCACUAGACCAACCAUGAUGCACGACUUUGCUAUUACCCCUACAUACUCCAUUAUCCUCAACCUGAACUACACGCUGGACCCCAUCAAGCACUAUAACAAGGUCAAGACCCUCAUCUCCUUCGACUCGACCAAACCUGCACGAUUCGGCAUCAUCCCUCGACAUUUUAACGGUAAACGGGACAAGGUCCGCUGGUUCGAGACACGGUCCUGUCACAUGUUUCAUACCGCAAACUCUUGGGACGAGAAAGACAAGGAUGGCAACGUCGUGGCCGUGUACAUGACUGCCUCUCGGUCCGAGAGAUUCGUGUCCUACAUCAAUAUGUGGGAGUCGAAGGGGGAGGAGCAACCCUUUGGUGGUGGCAAGAAACCUGAGGAAGCUAGGACGCAGUAUGUUGUCCCUGGCGAUGGAGAUUAUGCGAAUCAGGAUCCCGAUGGUACCUACUUGAGUCUGUUCAGGUUCGACCUCAAGACUAUGGAGACGCAGGUGACGACUCUGAGCACCAUCUCGUCUGAGUUCCCGAUGAUCAACUGGGAUUGGUUCAUGCGGCCCGAUUUGCGGUACAUCUAUGCUGCAAAGAUGGAUAUCGUCCCAGGUACAGGCAUGAAGAGCGGUGGUGUUUUGAAGGUCGAUAUCCGCGCCGUGAUGGACAAGCAGCAGCAGUUGUUGAAGGAUGGUGGGUUGAAGAACCUAGGAGGUGAUGGUCAAUGGGAGAUUGGAUCCCGGAACUUGCUGCAGGUGGAGAAGGAGAGUCACAGGAUGCACUUGUUUGAAGGAUCGUAUGGUGGUAACGAAGCCCUGUUUGUGCCCAAUCUUCCAAGACCCGACGGCAAGGCGCUGGAGGAGGAUGAGGGUCACUUGUUGGUGUAUGUCUAUGACGAGAGCCAGAUCGAGAACGGACUGGUGGCGAACCCUGACCGACAGGUGACGGAGCUGUGGAUCUUUGAUGCCAAGAAGAUUGGACAGGAGCAUGACCCUGUAGCCAAGGUCAAGAUCCCUCGACGCGUCCCCUACGGAUUCCAUGGUCUCCACGUUACGCGCAAGCAGAUCGAACUCAACCAACACCACCUCAACCGUCCAUCAGUCGUGUAA